UGAAAGAAAAGGAGUCGGGAACGGAGAAAGGAAUGAGAGCAGGCGGAGCCAGGAAGCUGGGGGCGGGACCUCUCAAGGAACCUGCACACCUGUACCACCUCCGUUCCUUCCUCUGAGGCGCUGUAGGUCCUGGUGAGCCCUGGCUGAAAUGAGCCAGCCCCAGGCUUCCCUUUGAAAUGGCCAAGUGCUUCCGACACAGAUGGGUUAGUUAGCUGGUCCGUGAGUCGGCGCUCGCUACCCGCCCCUGGACACGGAGUUGCGGCUAGCAGACCGGGUCCAGCCAAAGCUGCUGCUGUGUACCACCAGGGCAGGGGACGGACGGGGAGGGGGGGGGCUGAUGUGAGCCCUAGAGGUGGGCCACUGCCCUUUCCAGGUCUGUUCCAAGAAGCAUUAGGAUUCCACAGGGAACAGGUGAGACUAAGAGCUUGCGCAGCUGUUGCAGAGGCUGAAGACCCUGCCUGGGGAAAGGUGAGUUAAUUCAGUGGGGGACGCAGCUUCUGGAAUCAAGAUCGGCAGCUGGGGUGGAGUUGCCCUGCCUGCUCCCAUGUCAGCUGAUGAACACCUGGACCCGAUUCCUGACAGCUUCAUCCUGCAGCCGCCGGCCUUCCACCCGGUGGUUCCCUAUGUCACAACGAUUUUUGGUGGCCUGUAUGCAGGCAAGAUGGUCAUGCUGCAGGGUGUGGUCCCCUACGUGCACGAAGAUUCUCUGUGGGUCUCUGACCGGAAGGACAUCUCAAAAGCCACACCACACCCCCACCAGGUUUCAGGUGGACUUCCAGUGCGGGUGCUGCCUGCAUCCUCGGCCAGACAUUGCCUUCCACUUCAACCCUCGCUUCUACACCGUCAAACCCCACGUCAUCUGCAACACCCUCCAAGGUGGACUCUGGCAAAAAGAGGUCCGGUGGCCCGGUGUCGCCCUGCAGAGAGGCGCGAGCUUCCUCAUCCUCUUUCUCUUUGAGAACGAAGAGGUGAAGGUGAGUGUAAAUGGACAACAUUUUCUUCACUACCGCUACCGGCUCCCACUGUCACGUGUGGACACCCUGGGCAUAUUUGGUGACAUUUUGGUGAAGGCUGUUGGAUUCCUGAAUACCAAUCCAUUUGUGGAGGGUAGCAGAGAGUAUCCAGUUGGCUAUCCCUUCCUGCUGUCUAGCCCCAGGCUGGAGGUGCCCUGCUCACGCACCCUUCCUCGGGGUCUCUGGCCCGGGCAAGUCAUUGUAGUUCGAGGAUUGGUCUUGCAAGAGCCAAAAGAUUUCACCCUGAGCCUGAGGGAUGGGGCCACCCAUGUUCCUGUGACACUCAGAGCUUCCUUCACAGACAGAACACUGGCCUGGGUCUCCUCCUGGGGACGAAAGAAGCUGAUCUCAGCCCCCUUCCUCUUUUACCCCCAGCGUUUCUUUGAGGUGCUGCUCCUGUGCCAGGAGGGAGGGCUGAAGCUGGCACUCAAUGGGCAGGGGCUGGGGGCCACCAGCCUGGACCAGAAAGCCCUGGAGCAGCUGCGGGAGCUCAGGAUCAGUGGAAGUGUCCAUCUCUACUGUGUCCACUACUAAGGAGGGCUCCAAGGGCACCCCAAUCCGAGAAGAGGAAGGGCAGCUGCAGCCAGGGCCCCACAGUACAGCCUGGACCACUGACCUGUCAUCACUGUGCAGGCCUAGUUCACAUCACAAGCUUGAGUCUGCAAGAGCAUCAGGGCCCCACGGCUAGGGAAGGCUUACAGCUCUGUGCCUCCUCUAUCAGGAGCUUGGUGGCUCUAUCUUCCUAGACUAUACUCGGGGGACAAAUGUUAUAACCUCACAAAGACACACACGCGCGCACACACUUAUUGCAUUUUAAUCAAUUCUGAAAACAAGGGCCCAGGUCAGUGUGGUGUCUCUGCACUCCUCUUCAGCAUUCAAACUCUGUCUUGGCCCUCGUUCCACCACUCCAUGGGGCCAUGUGGCUGAAGCCCUAUCCAGGCCCAGCCACUGAGAAGGCAAAUAGAGUGUGAGAAGAUGAGCCCCAGGCCUAUGAUCAACACAUACCGUCUACACUCACAUUUCCAUCUAUACUUGAAGCCUUUGCCCAAAGUGACAAACACCACAGUUGCUUGCAUAGUUUUGGCCAAAGCAAAAUAGCCACAUCCCAGAAAAACACACUGAUAAUGGGACCACAUUUUAGGCACCCAACCAUGUAAACAACAGUAAUCUUUCCUAAGAUUAUAAUAUAGUCUAGGUGGGUCAGAGGCAAUGCCAUCUAUGUUUGUAUAAUAUACUCCGUGAUGUUCACACAGUGGCAAGAUGGUCGAAUAAUGAAUUUCUCAGAAUGUCUCCCUGUCAUAAAAUGAUACAUGACUGUAUUUAGCAGAGCAAGUAGACCAGGAAAAAAAGGAAGACUGUGGAGGGUUUGAUUUGGUCUACUCCUGGAAAUAAAAUCUGGGUUCACCUCAGAGUGGACUUCAGACUCUAUCUCU